AUGCUCUCUGGAGUCCCAACCGUUCCGACCAUCGCACGUCGAGGCGCUUGCUUUCGUCCAGAACAGGUGCCCUUUGAGUCGAAUUUAGGUCACCGCGCUGCCUUGCGGAUUCACAGCCCAUCGUCGAAGCGUUUUUCCCCCUCAUCCCGCGUCGGCCAGAUGACCUUUCCGGCAGACAGCAAGCAGCCCAAACUCUCCGUCGUCUUCUGGCCUCCCCCCUCCAUGCCCUCCACGCCCGCCUCCCCCUCCUCUUCUCCCUCUUCUACCUCCUCCUCACAAUCCACGCCUGCCGCCCUGCCAGUUGACGAGCCGGGGCUCGAGUCGGUUGAAAUGACCGCCAGCGACGGCACGCGAUACCGCUGCAUCCUCCCCCCGCCCACGCUCUCCUCCUCGGCCUCUCCAGCUGCUGGGGCGGAGGGGGCGGGGGGGAAGGGCGGGGCGGCAGGAGUGGCGUUUGGGGAGAGCCGGAAGAGUCCGGAAGACCUGCUGGAUGCGAUGAAGGGGCUGCCUUGCUUCUACCGGCAAGAUGGGUGGUGGACGUACGAGUUUUGCUACAAGAAGCACAUUCGCCAGAUGCACAUUGAGCAGCAGGACGGGGAGAAUAAGGUGACCAUGGACUUCGUCCUGGGGCGCUACAGCGCCAGAGAGUCACUGCGAGCACAGAGGAGGCUUGAAGCAACUGCUGCUGCUGCUGCUGCUGGUGGCGAUGCCGGGAAGAGGUACCACGUGCAUGUGUACACCAACGGCACAGCCUGCGACCUCACUGGCGCUGGCCGCCGCACCGAGGUGCGGCACGUGUGUGAGGAGGGCGCGCAGACGUUCAUGGGGACAAUCAAGGAGGGCCCCACGUGUGAAUACGAGCUUGCCCUGCACACCAACCUGCUCUGCUCGCACCCCCUCUUCCGAACGGUGCGACAGCCCAUCCACUUCAUCAACUGCCACCAGUUCCCCGCCUCCUCUUCUUCCUCCUCCCCCUCCCCCUCCGCCUCUACAUCUGACCCAUCUCCUCUCGAAAUCCCUUCUCUCGAAGAGGCUGCGGAGGGGACUGGGGAGGGUGGUAACCAGGACGAGGUGGAGGAGGAAGGGGCUGCGAAGGGAGAGGGGGAGAAGGGAGAGGGUGUGGAUGGUAGUGGUGGUGUUGUGGUGGAGGGGGAGGAGGAUGGAGUUUUGUCAUUUGUGUAUGAGGGAGAGGAGGAUGAGGAGUUGAUCGAGGUGGAUCCUGAGGUAGAGGAGAUUGAGGAGAGCCUCAGUGCCUUGUGA